AUGUGUGAGGUGACAGCUCCUACAUCUAUUCCUGAAGAAGAGGUCACGGCACACCUCACAGGACAGACCCAAGAGGACCUAAAGCUGGCCACAGAGUACCUCCGGAAUUAUUACAACCUGAAGAAAGAGCAACCUUUGGCUCGGAUCAAGAGGUACCUGCCCUCGUUCACCUCCAAGGUGAAGGACAUGCAGAGCUUCUUUGGCCUCAACACCACAGGCAGUCUGGACUCUGAGACCCUGGAGGUGAUGAGUACCCCUCGCUGUGGGGUCUCUGAUGUAGAGGACUACAGUCACAACAACCGUGUCAACCGCUGGAACAAGAACGUCAUCACCUACAGCAUUGGCAGGUACACCAGUGAUUUGCCUCACAGCACGGUGGACUCUCUGAUCGAGUCGGCGCUCAGCGUCUGGGCCAGGGCCAGCACUCUGACCUUUGUCAGGUCACGCACACAGAGGGCCGACAUCAUGGUGGAGUUUGCUACCUUUGAGCACGGUGAUGCCUACCCGUUUGAUGGGUCUAAGGGCACUUUGGCACAUGCCUUUGGCCCUGGAGAGGGAAUUGGAGGCGAUGCCCACUUUGACGACGAUGAAACUUGGACGGCAGGGUCAAAGGGGUUCAACCUGUAUCUAGUGGCAGCCCAUGAGUUUGGUCAUUCUUUAGGCUUAAGGCACUCCCAAAACCCAGAGUCACUGAUGUAUCCUACAUACAAAUCCAGUCGCAGUUCACACAACCUGCUCUCCAAAGAGGACAUAGCAAUAAUCAACUCACUUUACGGUCCAAAAAACAGUCAGCCAUAUUACUACUCCAGACAUGGCUGGAAUCAACUUUACAACCCCUGGUUCCUGGGUUCCCACUUCCCUCUGAUGUUGCAGAACAAAUGUUCAGCUGACCUGUCCUUUGAUGCUGUCUCCACCUUGGGGGAUGCCACCUUCUUUUUCAAAGACAAGUAUGUCCAUCCACCCUCUGACCGAUUCUGCUCAGACACCUUGCUGCCGCUUUCUGCUACUGCUGAAUCCAUGUACUGGACGGUGAAGGGUUCCAUUGUGAAAGGCAAACCUAAACCCAUCAGCAACUUUGGCUUCCCACCAUGGGUUCAGGAAGUAGACGCAGCGGUACACAUCGUCAAAACAGGACGCACGCUGUUCUUCAUUCACGACAUUUACUACAGGUACAUGUGGUUGAGGACAACAUGGAAAACAUACUGGAACCGUCUGAGAGAUGGCCCCAACAGCACAUACCUUCCCAGCAUCAACUAUCCUGUGGGUGCGGCCAAUGACAUCCCUGCCAAAGGCGUGGCAUAUGUCUUCACUGGUAAUGUGCAGUCUGAUCGCCUCAAAGGCCUCACUUAG